GCAGCGGCGCGCGCCAUGGAGGAGGCGGCGGGCGGGCCGCGGCCUGAGGAGUGCCCGGGGACCAGCAGCGCCCAGGCGGGCAGGGCCGCCGCCUGCCAGGGAUGCCCCAACCAGAGACUCUGCGCUGCCGGCGCCGCCGCCGCGGACCCGGCGGAGGCGGCGGCGCUGCGGGAGCGGCUGCGCGGGGUGCGGCACACGGUGCUGGUGCUGUCCGGGAAGGGCGGCGUGGGCAAGAGCACGUUCAGCGCGCUGCUGGCCAGCGGGCUGGCGGCGGACGAGGCCAAGCAGGUUGCUCUGUUGGACAUCGACAUCUGUGGGCCGUCGAUCCCUAAAAUGAUGGGUCUGGAAGGAGAGCAGGUUCAUCAGAGUGGGUCCGGCUGGUCUCCAGUGUAUGUGGAGGAAAACUUGGGUGUCAUGUCCGUGGGGUUCUUGCUGAGUAGUCCUGAUGAUGCUGUCAUCUGGAGAGGACCAAAAAAAAAUGGGUUGAUCAAACAAUUUCUUCGUGACGUGGACUGGGGUGAAGUUGACUACCUGAUUGUAGAUACGCCUCCGGGAACGUCAGAUGAGCACUUAUCGAUCGUGCAGUAUCUCGGUGCCGCGCACAUAGACGGUGCCGUUAUCGUCACUACCCCUCAGGAAGUGUCACUUCAGGAUGUUCGGAAGGAGAUCAACUUCUGCCACAAAGUGAAACUGCCAAUCAUAGGUGUUGUGGAAAAUAUGAGUGGCUUUAUAUGUCCCAAGUGUAAGAAUGAAUCUCAGAUCUUUCCCCCAACUACUGGAGGUGCAGAGAAGAUGUGCCAGAACUUAAACGUUUCCCUCCUGGGUAAAGUGCCUCUAGAUCCUCAAAUAGGGAGAAGCUGUGACAAAGGCCAGUCUUUCUUCUCUGAAGCACCUGAGUCUCCAGCUACGUUGUCUUACAGGAGCAUCAUUCAAAGAAUUCAGGAGUUCUGUGAUCAACACCAGUUUCAAGAAGAAAAGAUUAUCUAAUCUAUGAAAGGAAUAAAAAUGUAGUUCUUUAAUUACAGAAAAGUAACUUAUGCCUUGAUUUAAUGGAAGGAAUGUAUUCUUUUUAUAUAUUGCAAAUAAAUUCUUAAUAUAAA